CCUAGAACUGUUAAUCACGCAUCACUUAACUGUUGCCAAUGUGUUCACAACGGUACACCCUCUGUUGGGCUUUUUACCUCUACUACUCUCAUUUUUUGGUAUAUUUAGUAUGGAUAGUAGACAACAAUGGCUUACCAGACUGAAAAAUGAACUUAGCAACAGUCCUCUGGUCUCAAAUGUGGCUUUUGGAUUUAUCCUCAUGGGACUAGAGAAGCUGGUGGAGCUGGAGUUUGAGUGUCCUUGCAAUCCUAAAUGGAAUGGAGUGUUUUCAUCUGCCUUCUUCAUCAUUCCUGCUGUCAUGGCCUUCACGUUGAUGCUGAUCUUUCAAGGAUGCAGGUGCGAUACGUGGUGCCAGAAGACUGUGUCUUUUUCCAGUUUUGUUCCUGCAAUCGUCUGGCUGAUCUUGUUGUUCCUCGAUGGCCAGUACUUUGCUUGUGCAAUGACAGACUGGAAGGGCAGAUUUGUCAUAGUUGAUAAAGCAGCACCGCAGAAAUGGUGUGAGCCAACUAGUGAGGGAGAUGUCACACCGCAAGAACUAAUGCUCCGCUCACAGCAGCUAUUUGUUGUGUCUCAGGUUAUAGGUAUAUUUCUUCUCAUAAUCAUCUGUGUGGGACUCAUAGUGUAUGUGAUCAGAGAGAGCUGCCAGCAGGAGUCUGAGAUGCAGGAUGCAGACGUAGCAGAGCUCACCGUGCUCAGGAUGAGCUCUCUGAGAACCAGGACAACGUGAGAGGACAGGCUCCUCCACCCCACCCUUCCUCUCACCUGGCUGGCCUGCCCGCUGAGGCAGCUCUCAGAUGGUUCUGAUGGCUCUGAGGCCCUUGCCAUAGCCCAUGCCUUGUGUAGAGACUUUGUAAAUUACCUGAAUUGACAGCUUUGUUUGAAAGUACUCUUUCUAUUUGUAAAUAAGGAUUUUUUGGGGGGGGGAUUUCUUUUACCAUUUUUGGGAUUUACCUUUUGCAUUUUCAAUGACCCCAUCAUUCAGAGAGUGAGUGCAUUUCAUGAAACUAAUGACAGAAAUGCCCACAAACGGUUGCAUGCGGCACCCAUGGAAUGUAUAUGAGAGCAACGUACGUGUAAACCAUGAACAUAGGUGUAUACCAUGAACAUACGUGUAUACCAUGUGCAGGCUUUUCUUUCAUUAUCAUCAACCGCAUUUGGCCCAGCAACAGUGGGGAUCCACUUACACACUGUCAUGUCAUGGACCUGCCUUCAAUGAAAUAUACGUUUAUACAGUCAUACAGGCAAUUUUAUACUAACUGGUUGAGCCAGUUUUAAUUUGUUGCUUCAUGAUGUCAGUACCUCAUGUAUAUUUUCUACUUAAGACAUUUUGACUCAUUUCAGACUCAGUUCUAGGUCAAAUAGAAUGUACAGUACCAGUCAAAAGUUUGGACACACCUACUCAUUCCAUGGUUUUUCUUAUUUUUUUAAUAUUUUCUACAUUGUAAAAUAAUAGUGAAGAUUUCAAAACUAU